AGAGGAGUAGAGAGGAGCAGGGAGGGAGCGACAGAAGCGGAGCACGGAGAGAUGAGAGAGGAGGCGGGAGCGCAUCGAGCUCCCGGUCCGCCCCCAAGUUGCAGCACGAGCCAUUUAACGGUGCGAGCUGGGCCAGCUGUAGAACGCGCGGGUGUGUGUACGUGCGUGCGUGCGUGUUCCCCACCACUCCCGCCCCCUCCACGCGCGGAGAGAGAGAGAGAAAAAAUCAUUCCCAGAUAGGGAGCGCACGCGGAGCGAUGGCUGCAGCAGCGGCGGAUGCUGUUUACGACGCAGCGCACGAGAGCAGCUCAGCCCCGGGACCGACCAGCACCGCGCGCGCCCGCUUCGUAAACGCACAACCGUUUAACGUCGUCUGAAGCCCCCCCCCCCCGCGAGGCGUCUCGGUACGUGAAGCACCCGUUUGACGUUUCCUUCCCCUCGGCGAGGACCUCCGCCGCCGUCCGGGAGCUUGUUGUGGAGCUGCAGGAGACCCGCCUCCAGCCGAGCCACCGUUCAUCUCCGCUCCUCUGGAAUCUCAUCUCGGCCCGGUCCAGCCUCCCGGUCCCGUCUCCAUCCGACCCGUAGCGGCGUGGUGGGGGGAACCCGAGAGCAUCCAACCCACCCUCCCUUCCUCUCUCUCCUCCUCUCACUUUCCGCCUCUCCUAUGCCAGAGCUCUAGGGGGGUCUCGUCCAGUCCGGGAGCCAGGAGGGGAGGAGGGAGGCUGUUCGUGGCCGCGGUAGACGCACCCUCCGCGGGGGAGAGGCUGGGCUCAAGCGCCGCUGUGUCGAAGGAUGCUGCGGGACUAGAGCGGCUCAGUGAGGAAGAUGGGGAAGGACCAGGAACUGCUGCAGGCGGUGAAGACCGAGGACCUGCUCACCGUGCAGAAGCUGCUGCAAAGGCCCCGGCCAGGGAAAGCAAAACUCCUCGGUUCUGCAAAGAAAGUGAAUGUCAACUUCCAGGAUACAGAUGGGUUUUCUCCACUGCAUCAUGCGGCCCUUAAUGGAAACCUGGAGCUCAUCUCUCUGCUGCUGGAGUCACAGGCUGCUGUCGACAUCAGAGACCAGAAAGGUAUGCGGCCGCUGCAUUACGCUGCCUGGCAGGGGAAGGCGGAGCCAAUGAAGAUGCUGCUGAAAUCAGGUUCGUCUGUUAACGGCCAGUCAGACGAAGGACAAAUUCCUCUCCACCUGUCAGCCCAGCACGGCCACUACGAUGUGUCUGAGAUGCUUCUGCAGCAUCAGUCCAACCCGUGCAUCGUGGACAACGCAGGGAAAACACCUCUGGAUCUGGCCUGUGAGUUCGGCAGAGUUGGGGUGGUCCAGUUGUUGCUGUCUAGUAAUAUGUGUGCUGCUUUGCUGGAGCCCAAAAAAGGAGACACCACUGACCCCAAUGGGACGUCUCCACUCCACCUGGCUGCAAAGAACGGACACAUAGACAUCAUCAGGCUGCUGAUCCAGGCCGGCAUCGACAUCAACAGGCAGACCAAAGCAGGCACUGCCCUGCAUGAAGCUGCCCUCUGUGGGAAGACCGAUGCAGUGAGACUCCUGCUGGAGAGUGGAAUCAAUGCUACUGUGAGAAACACUUACAGUCAGACUGCGCUGGACAUCGUCUACCAGUUCACUGCAACGCAAGCCAGCAGAGAGAUCAAACAGCUGCUGAGGGAUGCGUCAGCAGCCCUGCAGGUUCGAGCUCUGAAAGAUUACUGCAACAACUACGACCUGACCAGCCUCAACAUCAAAGCAGGAGAUGUUAUUACGGUUUUGGAGCAGCACCCUGACGGACGCUGGAAAGGCUGCAUCCAUGACAACCGGACAGGAAAUGACCGGGUGGGCUACUUCCCAUCCACCAUGGUAGAGGUCAUCAGCAAGCGCACAGGUUUGGCCAGCACAGUCAUUUGCACUCAACAGUUUCAAAAGAUACCGCUGGUUCCCCCGGCGACGGUUGCCCCUGCCAACGCGGUAGUCAACGGCAACGACACCACGUUCCAUCAGAUCCAUAUCCUGCCUCCACCGCCUCCUCCUCCACCACAUUCCCAUCAGCCACUGCUUCCACUUUUCACAUCCUUUGGCUAUAACAGGUCGCCCGUGACAACCCCACAGGGAGACACACCCACUGCCCCAGGUUGUCGCGGCUCUGAGGCAAGUCCUCACAGUUCUCCCACCCCGUCCAGCGGGCCCCAUGGAGGCUCCAACGAAGAGAUCUGGGUACUGCGCAAACCCGUGGCAGGUGGAGACCGCAGCAGUGUGGGUAGUUCGGGCAGUGUGACCAGUGUAAGGUCGUCGGGCAGCGGUCAGAGUGCCGGCAGUGCUGCACACAUCCUUCAUGCACAGGCUGAGGGGGUUAAGCUUCUAGCCACAGUCUUGUCCCAGUCUGCCAAAGCCAAGGAGCAUCUACUGGAGCAGUCCAAGUCUGUGGACCAGCCUCCAGGCUCCAUCAGCUCCUCUCGGACAUCGAGCCAAUCGGGCUGUCCACUCCACGAGGCGCCGCCUUACGACGCCACGGCAACCAGGAAGGGGGAGGGGCCGGGCGAGGGGAAGAGCUCAGAGGCCGUUGUCCAAUGGCUGAGCGACUUUCAGCUGCAGGUCUACGCUCCAAACUUCCUGGGCGCUGGGUAUGACUUGCCCACCAUUAGCCGAAUGACCCCGGAGGAUCUGACUGCGAUAGGGAUAACUAAACCUGGCCACAGAAAGAAGAUGACAUCAGAGAUUAAUAAGCUGAGUGUCACAGAGUGGCUGCCUGAGCAGAAACCUGCCAAUCUAGGAGAGUGGCUGUCUGCUAUCGGUCUAAGUCAGUACCACCAGGUGUUAGUGCAGAACGGUUACGAAAACAUUGACUUCAUCACGGACAUCACCUGGGAGGACCUGCAGGAAAUCGGCAUCACUAAACUGGGCCACCAGAAAAAGCUGAUGCUGGCGGUGAAGCGGCUGGCUGAAAUGCAGCGUGGCUCUGAUGGGCGGGGUUCCCUCCGAAAGAAGCCUCCACCAAUCACACAGCAGCAGGAUGUCAUGUCAAUGGACAGCCCGCCUCCAGACGAGAUAAUGUCUCCAAAGAUGAGCACCUUCCAGGACAGCGAGCUGAGCACCGAGCUGCAAAGCGCCAUGACCCAGCCCGGUCAAGAGGUUAAAGCCCAGCGAACACGCAGCCUCAGCAAAGACCACGAUGAGGCGAUGACGGGAGGAGGUGGGCCGCCUAAGAAGGAGGCCCGGACUAUGAGGCAGCAGAGCAGCCAGGGAAGCAGCUCUUCCCACAGGGGCAGCGUGUCGUCUCAAGGCAAACAUCGUCACUCCCAUUCCCACUCUCAGCCUGCGCCUCCCUACACACCCCCUCACACUCCCACCAAGACCAGGACCUCAUCCUCGUCCUCCACAUCCUCCGUCCAGAGCUCAUCUUCCCCCCAGGCCAAGCAGAAGCCGUCCCCGCAGUUCAUCCAAGGGGAGCGACCUCAGUCACCCCGCUCUCACCCCCCUCAGUCUCCCACCCACCGUGGAGCUCCGUGUCAGCUUCAGCCCCAGCAGCAGCAGCAACCCCAAGCCCACCCACAGCACCAGGCACACCCUCAGCACCACCCACAACCGCAGGAGAUGGAGGUGAGAGAGAGUCAACAACCACAGGUCCCACUCCUCUGUCUCCCACCAGAGGCUGAGCUGGCAGAAGAAGAAGGACUAGAUCCCUCAGUUCUGCAGAAGAAACGCGCCCACAGCCUCAACAGACAUGCCGUUUCAGAUGGCGAGUGUGACGAGAGGGCGGGAGGUGGAGGAGGGGGAGGAAGAGGGGGUAAUGGAGAAGGACAAGUAGGAGUAGUGGGAGGUCAGAGCACCGCCGUCGUCAGAGGAGACGGGGUCAAAUACGCCACGGUGACACACCGUGUCAGCCGCAGCCAGUCCGUCCGCAACCAGGAAAAGAACGCCAGCCGCGGCCAGACCCAGUCCUUCGCUCUGCGUCAGAAGAAGAAAGGUCCACCCCCGCCACCGCCCAAACGCUCCAGCUCUGCCAUCUCCAGCUCCAACUCCAACCUGACGGAUGCUAACACACAGCAGCACACGCUCACCACCACAGGGGGGAUGCUGGAUGUGCCUUACCACCAACAACGGCGGGCCAGCGACCUGGGAGUGUCCGGGGAGACACCUGCUGUGGAGACGAACAGCAUGGGCAGCGUACGGAGCAUCGCCGCCAUGUUAGAGAUGUCGUCUAUAGGCGGUGGAGCCAAAGGCAUGGCGCUGCAGAAGAAUUUCCUGCAGGUGGGUAAAACACGUGAAGCCAUUGGUCUGGAUGGUGAGGUGGUGAACCGACGGCGGACCAUCAGUGGCCCCGUCAGUGAGCUGGUGGCAGCUGCUAGGCGUGACCAGCCAACUCCCUCGGCUUUCCCCUCUCCUGCCACCCAGCCUGAAACCUCGCCUCCCCCUGUAAAUUCCUCCUCACCCCACCCUCCGUCCUCCCCUCAUCCCAGCUCGGGAGGCAGCGGCAGCUCAUCGGAGAAUCUGCCAUUCGCAGAGGACGGAAACCUGACCAUCCGCCGCCAGGGCCGAGGAGAAGGAGAAGGACAGUGUGUAUUUUGUGUUUGCCUGCAGGGUGACAGCGAGGGGCCCCAGGGAGAUGGCGGUUACACCCAGGAGGACAUCUCCAGGGUCGAGGCUACAGCUACCUUGAAGCGACGGCCCCGCAGUACCAAGCAGCACCCCAACGGCUCCGACUUCACCCUCCAGGAGUCGUCCACCGUCAAACGACGGCCCAAGAGCCGGGACAAGGAGCCCGAGGGCUACUCAGACCUGGCUGCGGCUAACGGGGAACCCGUGGGCACCGGGCAGCCCAACACCACUCAGCCGGUACCCUACCAGAACGGCACGUCCACCGUGAAACGCCGCCCGGUGUCUGACGCUGGAGUGACAGAGCAACCGCAACCUCAACCGCAACAUCAACCUCAACCACAAGUGACUGCCGCUACUCGCAGGGACAGCAUGGACCAAGGAGCUCCAGUGGCAAAUGAAGGAGGUCCAGUGAGGAAACCAAAGCCUCCAGUGUCCCCAAAACCUGUCGUGGCCCAGAUAAAGAGACAGGGAGGCCCUCAGACUCCUCCACAGCCUGUCUCCAACAAGAGAGUCCCCCUGCCGGGCCCGGGGACACCAGGAAGUCCAGUGGAAGGAAAGAAGAUCCCUCCACCGGUGUCGCCCAAACCAGCGCCCCCGCCCACGGCACCCAAACCGGCCAAGCUCAUCCACUCCAUGACCAGCCCACCCUCCCCAACCCCGGCUCCGGCUCCGACCUCGGUCAAGCAGCACCCUCCUGUACCUCGACAGACCAGCUCGCCCCCUUCCUUCCCUCCGUCCAACACCCCCAGCCCGCCCAACGCCAAGCCGACGAGCCCGUCCUCCCAGAGCCCCCACACCCCGCAGACCCCCACCACGCCACAGACGCCCCAGACCCCCGCCACUCCCAGCCCCACCCCGCCGCCUGUCAAGCCCCCGCGCUCGUCCAUCGGGGGCGUUUCGGUGGACAGCGGGAUGGCGGGAGGAGGGAAUGCGGCGCCACCCACCACGACGCCAGACUUCGGUGUGGAUUCUUUGGUGCAUCAGAAGCUGGAGGAGACGAGCGCAUCUCUGGCUGCUGCUCUGCAGGCCGUGGAGGAUAAAAUACUGCGGCAGGAAGACUCCGUGGCUGAGCAGAAGACCACGGUCAGCAUCCUCGACGACAUCGGCAGCAUGUUCGAUGACCUGGCCGACCAGCUGGACGCCAUGCUGGAGUAACCACGGCAACCAGUCAGCGUGUCUCCACAGCAACGCAGCAUCAGGAGUGACUCAGACGGCACAACGGGCAACACGCCUCUCUAUCUCUCUCUAUCUGUCGCUCCUUCUCCUCUUCUUUCUCUCUGUCUGCCGUGCUCAUCCCCUCAUCACUCUUCCCUGUCGUCCGUCCGUUUGUCCGUCAGCUACAGAAAACACUCUUAUUCUUCUCCUCUUCCUCUCAUCUCCUGUCGGGGGGGAAAGGUGGAAAUGAUGAUGGAGCAGGCCUGGACAGACCUGUGGCAGAGAGGGAGAGUAGGAGUGGAGAAUGGAUGACGAGAGGGACACGAAAAGAGGGAGGAGGAGGAAAAAAAAGGACCAAAAAUGACUGAUGGGGUGAGAAAAAUAGAAAAAAAAAACAAAUGAAGAAAUGCAACAAAAUGGAGGAGACUGCAAUCAAAACGUGAGUCUUUUAAGAACUCCAGACAAACUAAACUAAUACUGAAAAACCAACUGUGUACUGAAUGGUAUGUGUACAUUCUAAGCAUGGAGAGUUUAUAUCUACUGAAAAAGUCCUGCAUUAGCACAGUAAUAUAUAAUAUACCGAUAAAUAUGAAUCUCUAGCUCUUUGGUUUGAUGUCUUGGUUCUGUGUGGAAUGGUGACCUCUGGUGUUGUGACGAUGUAAAUGACUUGGUGGAAAAAUUUUUAUCUGUGACCAAAACGAGACUAUUCAGCUCCUGAGGUGUGUGUGUGUGUGUGCGUGCGUGCAUGCAUGUGUGUGUGUGUGUGUGUGAGACAGAUGUGUGCAUUAUGUGUGGAAAUUCAGGAUGGAGUUUAGUUUCCUAUCCCUGCUGCGUCUCUUUCACAUCCUCAUCAUCAUCCAACCUGUACAUGCACUCACCCACGUGCACAUACACACACACACACAGGAGAAGCACAAUGACCCAUGCAACUGGCUUGCACACACACACACACACACACACACACACACACACACACACACACACACACGGGAGCCUGCACAAUAUAAACUAAAGAUGAGAGAGGAGGGGAGGAAUUGAGGAACGCUACAGCAGGUUGUACUGAGGAUAAAGUAGGUAGAAGAUGCAGUUAAAGGGUGAUGACUGCAGGAUUUAACCCUCGUGUCGUCCUGCGGGUCAAAAUUGACCCAGUUUAAAGUUUGAAAAUGUGGGAAAAAAAAUAUAUUUUCACAGUGAAACUUCUGAUGUCCACAUUUUCAACAAUUCAACAGGAAAUCUUUGAACAUUUUUUGGUGGAGGUUUUACAAAUUUUCAGAAAAUUGGGGAAUUUUUUUUGCAGAUUUUUUUGAUUUUUUUCAGACAAGGAAACAGUUUUUUUUGGUGCAGGAGAGUUACCCAAAAAAUAUUGUUUCCUUGUAUGAAAAAAAUCCCAAAAUUCAGGAAGGAACCUUCAGGAAGAAAAUUCCAAUAAUUCCUUAAAAGUUUCCCUUAAAAGUUUUAUUUUUUAAAAAAAAAUCCCCAAAUUUGAAAUUUAUUUUCAAAAAAUUUGUAAAAAUCUUCCCAAAAAAAAUCCUAAAAAUAUCUAAAGUGAUUCCAUAUAUAUCAGUAAAGCUUCUAAUAUUUUCUUUAAGAACAUUCACAAAAAAAAAUUCAGCAACAUUUGCUGGAUUCGGGUUGCUUUUUUUGUGAAUGUUCUUAAAGAAACAUUUUUAACAUUUUUUUUUUCCACCAAAAAAUGUUCAAAGAUUUCCCAAAAAUGUUGAAAAUGUGGACAUCAGAAGUUUAACUGUAAAUUUUUUUUCUCCACAUUUUCAAACUUUAAAAGAGGUAAAUUUUGACCCGCAGGACGACACGAGGGUUAAAGGAGAUAAAGACAGAAGAUGGUAGAGUUGAAGUCAGGACCAACAGGAAGUAAGCUACAUCUAAGUGCUGACCAGUUUCCAAAAAACAUCAGGAAUCCCAAUCUGUUUCAUUUUUGAAGUUAUUUUUCUGGCUUUGUUGACAGGACAGCAGUGAGAGAAAGAAGGAAAGUGGGGGAAGGACCUACAGCAAAGGGCCAUGGGCUGGAUUCCAACCCAUGGCUGCUGUUUAUGGGUCGCCAACUCAACCUGUUGAGCCACCGGGGCGCCCUCUGUUUCAUUUUUAAACAUAUUUUCUCUCCUGAUACUGCUGCUGUUACCUAACCUUUGGGUACAGGUUGAUAGAGAUCACCAGUCUCAUACCACUGCUUUGUUUUUCUGAAAUUUUAAAUACAUGCAGCACCAGUAUAAGCUAUCCAGAGCCCAUUAUUGUCUUACAACACCGAAUAGAUUUGUUUUUUGACGCUGAUCAACAGAAAAAAAUGGAAAACCGCAUGUCUAAAAAGUAAUUUUAAUUAAUUAUAUUCCCACAGUUCAGUAGAUUAAUUUUUGCCGGCUGUGAGGAUAGACUUUAAUGAGCUGUGUGGCAAUGCUGUCCCAUUCUUCUUGGCAAAACUAAUCAACCCUUGAUGGGGGUUUUUCAAGUCUGACACACUCAGUCUGUAGUGAAUCAAACUAAAUGUUGCUCAACUGCCUGCUCUCCAACUAGCCGACUGGGCUAAAUUAGUCACAACCCCAUGACUACACAAAGUUGGUAGCCCUUCAUCGGACAAGUGAUCAUAUUUGGUAACUUCUGCCUCUCAGUGAGGUGGAGGAUCGUGGUUUCCACCCAGUCAAUCAGCGAAGAUCACUUUAUGUUACAUCACACUACAUCGUGGCAUUUGACCAAUUAGCAGAGGCCUGGAACAGAUCAAACUUCCUCUUUUCUCCGAAGUUGGAAUAAGACGAACUUGCAGCUUGGUCGUCUUCCAUAUUUUUGGUCAAAACGUCAAAACUAACCAUGAUUGGAUGAUGAAACUCAUACAUUUUAUGGUUGAGUAGUUGUGCUAAGUGAUGAUAUCUACAUUUCUUGGAAUGUUUUUUUUUUUUUUUUUUUUUACCACUAACGGGCAAGAAAACAUAUAUGGUAACUUCACUGACCUUGAAUUUCAACAUGAAAAUUAAACUUUUUUUUUUUUUUUUAAAAGUCACAAAAGUUUUGUUAUGUCCUCCAAUAACACUCUAGGGUUGGAAUUUUGGAUUUCAAAGGCUAUUUUUCUGUUGAUCAAACCCACAUUAAAUCUACUUUGAUUCAAUGUGUUGAACAAUAAAACAAAGGGGUGGUGCUUAGUGUUUGUAUGCUGCAUGGAACUUGCCGGGAUCCUUUAAAUGUGAGCUAACAGAAGGUCAGACAUUGUGCUACAGCUGAGUCAGCAGGCUGCCUUGAGUCAAUGAAUGUAACCGAUUGCAGAGGCAGUGAAUGCUAUGCUAACAGUUGGGUUUAAUGCACCUCUAGAUGACAGCAGAUCCAGUUAAUGAGGUCAGUAUCAGCCCCAAUGUUGUGUUCCUGCUUUCAGGACCCUUUUUUAUUAAGAUAGGAAGGAAAUUCCGAUAGACUCCCUGACAAUUCAACACACAAACCCCUCUAUCUCUCUCGUCCCACACUCUCCCAACCACCCACCCCAUGUUGCCAUGACAAUCUACAUCAUCACCAUUCUCAUCGGCAUCGCCAUGGUUACUCCUCAGCGUGUUGUCACGACACCAUGUACAUGGGAUGAAAAAAAGAAAGAAAAAAAGAAGUGUUAGGAUGGAGCGAGCAGCGGCAGAGCCCUAACGGUUGGAUUCAGCUCAACAUUCAGCUCCAGAGAUCGGUGCGAUUCUCCGGUAUUUCAUUAAAAAAUAGGUUUCACACAGUCCCAUAGCAGCCACUCCUUACAUAAACGAAUAAGAUUUCAGAGAAUAGUUGUGGUAUUUAAAUUAUGAUCACAUAGAGAUUAUAUAUAUGGAUAUUUGCAAAAAAUAAUAAUAAGAAGAAGUGUAUUUAUGAUGUGUGUGUCAUCCUGAAGACUAUUUUUCAAAGUGAACAGAUCUAAUCUGAGUGUUGAAUCCGUUUGCUUCUCCAUGCUUCAGUGGUCCGAGCUGACGAAUCAUUGUAGGAUACCAUGUUGGGAUAUUUCCAGGAAGUGUUCUUUUUAUGACUAUUCUUUUUUAUUUGUUUUCUCUGCCUACAUGUGUACAAGUGUCCAGGUGUGGCGAUGUGUAUAAUACAAACAAUUCCUGUUGUUCAGUUUUAUUCUUUUUUUGUAUUGUUUUAAAUGUUUUUUCUUUGAAACAUGUGCCUUGCUUUGUGAUUUUUCGUCUGACUACAAUAUAAUAGAUGGGUAUGUACUAUAUAAGGGCAUCUCUCUCUCUUUUUCCAUUUUGCUAUCUUACUUGAUAUAUCCGUAUGAAAAUGAUGCUGCCACGAGAUGUGACGUUUGACACAUAAGAAAACCCAUUUAAAUCAGAGUGUGACUGAAAGAUUAGCAUCAAACUUGUUUCAGUGAAACAUGCUUCCAUAACCAAUAUUAGCUGCUUCCUUUCAAGUACUAAUUUGGACUAUUUAAGGAGUAAUUUGGGGAAAUGUGCUUUUUCAGCUUUCUUGCCCAGAGUUAGAUAAAAAGAUCGAUACCACUAUCAUGGCUGUACGCUAAAUAUAGACCCUUUUCCAUUGCAGGAAAUUGUGGGCCUUUAGGGCAAUCUGAACCUUUGCAUGUGUUCUUUUCGGGAGAGAAAACAACACCUGUUAUGGGAUAGUAACAUCUGAGUGGCCCUGAAAAACUGCUUUGUUGGUGUCACCACUGAUUGCUUAAAUCCAGACACGAAAACAUGCGUCUUUUUGUCUGGGUCUAAUCAAGUAGUAGUCAUUUCCUCUUCAACAUCACCACCUUUAAAUUUACCAAAUAGGCAAACAUAAGAAACCCUCUGGAGUUACGUCCAGGAACUACUAUUUGUCUUGUUUUGGCACGGUUGAAGCUGUUGGAUCCUACAGUGGAAACAGAAUGCUAAAAGACCCGAUUAUGGUGUUCUUAGGGUGGAUCAUCUGCACGUCUUCACAGCUCUCCAAGUUCCUGCAGUGGAACCCAGCUGUUUUCCACUGCAGGAACUUGUGAUCUGUUUUAGGCCGACUUGGGGGGUGGGGGGAUUUAAAGAUAGUAGUCAACAUUACAAAACUAACUUCAAUGUAAAAAUGCAUCUUAAAAGAGCAUUUCCUAUUUCAGUGACACAAGUAUUACACAAAUGUUGACCAAACAGUCCAAAAUGAACACUGUUUAACCCUUUGAUGCGUAGUGUGGGUCAGGAGAUACUCAUUUUCCAUUGGAUUUGGGUCACUUUUGGGUUUACACAAAGGGUUUAGGAGGUUAUCCCUCACUUUGUGAUUUCAUCGGCAACCCAAAUUCUUCCUCAUCUGACCCACAGAAAACCUACCCAGGAAUUAGUCUGAUUCUUUGGCCCUGUGAUCGUUUACAACCUCAUCUUCAUUCCAGAUCUGGACCAGAUACAUCACCAAGCCUUUGUUCUAAACCUGCACUGUUUGAAGCCUAUGGAUUUACUUAUUAUGUACAUUGCAAGAACACAAAAAUAUGGAAAGGCAUAUUCAAUAACAUUCAAUUUAAAAAAAAUGUCUUCUUGCUUAUAAAACUGAGGUUACAUUUGGCAUUUUGGUGCUAAUGUUGCAGGCAAAGUUGUUGGAUCCUCCUCAGAAAUGCUAAAAGAGCCGAUUAGGUGGCUGUUUUAGCAAAUGUUUGCAUCACAUCUCGUGUGCCCCGAGUUUCUGCAGUGGAAAAUCGCCAACAGCAGCUGAGCUUACUUAGCCUGGUGUAAAGACUAAAACCUGAGAAGGAAACGUAUCUAGUUUGUGUUCAAAAACUAAUCUUCCAACAGAGCCAAGCCAGCUGUUUCCAGUCUUUUAGUCCUGCACCCUGUUCAAAAUUUGGACUCAGGUUAAUAAUUUGGUUGAAAUAAUGAAAUUAAAGUUCAUGUAAUGUUUUGUGUUCAGUAUUUUUGAUUAUAUGUACCAUGAAAUUUUGCUAAACCAGGCCGACCACUUCCUGUCCUCAUAAGUGGUAUCGAUCUUCUCAGCUAAUCUUAAGCAAGAAAGUGAAUAAGCACAUUAAAGUGAUUAAAUUGUCCUGUCCAGAUGCAGUUUGUACUCUUGUAUAGCUGCAUUUUUGAAUUUCAGAAACACAAUUGUUAACAAUCUGGCAUCAAACUGUCCUUAACUAGAUAUUUAGCUCAUUUUUAGUCCUCUGACCGCUGAGAGUGUCCUGUACUGUGUGCAGAUUACAGCUUUUUAAUCUCAUCAUGUCAAAGCAUCAUUUUUGCCUUUUCCCCUUCCUUCCUUGGGUCUCAUUUUGGUCAUCUCAUGUCGUCUGCAUUAUUUUGAAGUGUGUUCGGGGGUUUGGGGGUCAGGCUACGAAGACAAAAUACCGCAGAUGGUGAAAAAACACAGAUGGUCAAAACGUGUUGUGGAGCAAAAGUACUGUUCAUUUCUUAUUUCUUAACAAAAGAUAAAGCCAAGCUGUUUUCAUUUGGAGCUGUUUUGAUUUGAUUUUCCGCCUGUGCUUAUCUGAACAGACGCCUGACCGGUGUCUCCUCUGCUCUGCAGCGACUGUAUGCGAGUGCUUGAGAGAGGCCAAAGUGUGUUACGUGUUGCUCUGCUAUUGACUGUAUGAAAUCUGUGUGUGUGUGUGUGUGUGUGUGUGUGUGUGUGUGUGUGUGUGUGAGAGCGCAAGUGUGUGUUGUAGUGACUGGACAGUGGUGUGCUUGCAGUGACUGCAUCUUAUGGCCAUCUGCUCUGAAUAAAUAAAUGUUCUAUACAAACUUAA